CAUCAGUGAUGUACUUGUGCAACUCCUAUACGAGCUACGAACAUGACUCGCAUGUAGCCCGAGUCUAAGUAUGGAACGCCAGAUAUCCCCCGACGGCCUCGCGUACAUCGACUCUGGGAAUCAAGACCGUCACCUCUCCCUGCUUUGCAUCCACGGCUGGGCCUGCCAGGCUUCCGACUAUGCCUACCUGUUCAACGAACUGGCUCGCGCGAACAUCCAAUACAGAACCAUUGCUGUCGACCUACCAGGACACGGCGAAUCCUCCUCAGCAUCCUGUCCCGACAGCCGCUUGGCCGGCAUGGUCGGCGCAGUACGCGCGCUCAUCCAAGAUCUGAACCUCGACAAUGUCGUCCUAGCAGGCCACAGCAUGGGCAUGAGAGUAGUUCUAGACCUCUGGCACCACGAACACACAUCCCCAUCGUCGUCGUCGUCCCCACCACGCAUCAAAGGCCUCAUCCUCCUCGACGGAAGCAACUACAAACUCCGCAAAUCCCUCUUCGCCUUCGACAGCGGCGACGCGCGCAGCAAGGAAUUGUCGCGCGAGGCGAAGAUCGCGGGCAUGGAAGCUGCUUUCGACCGCAUGUUCUCCCCUCUCACCCCGGAGGAAUUCAAGCGGUCGACUCUCGCUCAUCUGCGAAGGAUGGAUUUCGAGUACAGUGACAGGAUGCGACGGAGUUUCAUUGCUUUUGACUAUGAGAGGAUGGAUGUGGUGUUGGAGGCGUUGGGGAGGGCCGAUGUGCCGGUUUUGUGCUUGCAGGCUACCAGCGUCGAUGAUGAGAAUCAACGAAUCGCUUUGAUGUCGGGGGAGUCGUCGCCGUGGAUGCGUUUCCUUCAGGAGAAAGUUCCGACGGCACGGAUACACGUGGUCGAGCACUGCAUGCACUUUCCGCACGUCGACCAACCGAGCGAGACGGCGAAGCGCAUAGAGCAAUUCAUUUCAUCAAUUACCUAGCCAUACC